CUGGGAUGAGCCACUGGGAUGUGGUCUCUAUCAAUCACAACUGAUAGAGAAAACCAGUUGAUUCAUCCCGCACCUGAUUAGCAAAGCUUACCCCCCAUUUUGCCCCUCAUCUCCCAGUCCCAAUACUGCAUCCACAUCAUGAACUCCUGAGGGCAGCCCUCAGGUUAUUAGCCUGCCUGAAGUUCCCACAGCAAAGCCUCAGGGCAGGGGGCACAAAGACAGUACAAGAGUCCCAGCCUGGGCUAGAUGAUAAAGGAAAGAGAGAACCUAAAGAACAAGAAGAAGGAGGGAAGGGAGCAAGAGAGAGAGGGGGAGGAGGAAAUGAAGGAAAGAAGUAGCUUGAGAGAAGGGGAGGAAGUCUAGAAGCACAGUGCUGGGAAGCAAUGGACCGAGCCCCCCCCCCCGCCCCCGCCCGAGAGGGGCUGCAAGGCUUACUGUGGACACCAGCUGGCCAUGUGAAGGUCCCUCAAGCCCAUCCCCAAGGCUCGUGCUGCCCUUGGAAGAUCUGGCUGAUCUCAGCCACUGUCCCCUCUGCACUCCUGGGAGUUCAUUACCGUCAGCAGCUAGAAGGUUUGGUGGGGGUAGGGUACAGGGAAGGACUAGGGGAGUGGGGAGGGACAUUUUAUUUUCCUGUCUCCCUCCCCCCCCCCCAACCCCUCAGUGAGGCAGAAAACAACAGCAAGCAGAAACGGGCAGAGGCCAAGGCAGCAAGGAGAGCCCAAUGGCAGUGUCCCCUCUGCACUCCUGGGAAACAAAGGAGUUACCUAAUUGGCUUUAAGAGACCCUCUGAAUCAAACUGGGCAGUUGUCCCCGGUGCAAAUGAACGGGGCGUGGGAGUGUAGGCCCCACGCGCCACAGACACACAAUAACCCCAAGUUCAUUCCUCUGCAGCACAGUCUAAAGCCCCUUUGCCAAUUAACGUCUUUGUGUGUGUGAGUUCAGUGCUAUAUCCUGCAAAGCUCAACUCCACUUGCCCCUGUAGGAAACGUCCUCAUUCUCUUUCAAAACUGAGGUUCCUUCUCCGGUUCCUCCAGCACUGGACAACCUCAUGCCGAGCUCUUUACAAGUUCACACAAUCCUUUCUGGUGUAGAGAAACCCUGUGCCCUGGCAGGAAGUUUUCUGGGGCAUGGAGAGAGAGAAGGAUGGCAAAGGAGGAUUUUUCUUCUCACCAAUGAACAUGCCCUUGCUGGGGAGGACCAGGCCUCAUCUUCACCCCUGUCUCCCCCGCGCAAAUACAGACAGGCCAACCAAAAUUACAGAAGAACCCUCCAGCACAAAGGACUCAUUUGACCUAAGAUCACACUGAGGCCCAAGGUCACAGGGCGGAACAAAAGCAGUCAGUCUGCAGCCAGCCUCUGCCAGCAAGGUCAGGGUGGAGGCUCUCGGGGCUGGGGGCGAGGAGACAAGCCAGGGCGGUGUGGCCACUGGUCCCCCCAUCUCUAAACCGCCUCUUCGGCUCCGCGUUCUGGUUUUGGAACCAGAUCUUGACCUGCUGCGCCUCCAGGCCCGCUGUGCUGGGUUUGAGGCUGGCAUGGCUGCAGGAAGAAGUCGUUCUUCCAGCUCAGUCAGCUGCUUCUCCUGGGAGAAGCUGGGCGCAAGGGGACGGCUGAACCCCCACCUCCCUCCGGGAUACCACUGGGGUUCUGGGCAGCCGGGGUGGGAGGCCAGGGCCCAGGUAGCCCCAGGGGAAGCCAGUAGGGCGCCCGGGCGCCUGGGAGACCCUGGCUGGGCCACCGCGGCCUCUCUCCCUCCUCCUUCCCUCCCUGUGCACCUCCAAAUCAGGAUCCCCUUUCUGUUAGGCUGGUUUCCGGCUCUCCUUUUCUUUUUCUCUCUUUAUUUCUCAUUUCCCCCCCUUCUUUUGUUCUCUUUCUGCCCUACCUUCGCUGUUUUUUUCUCUAUAUUCUUCCCUUCCUUCACCUUCCUUCUUUUCUUCUCCCCUUUCCUCCCUUUCUCUUUCUGUCUUCUGUUGCUUUUACUUUUUUCUUUCUUGUUUCCUUCCCUUUUCUUUUACUUUCUAGCUCCCUCCUUUCACCCCUUUGCUUUCCCUUCCCUUCGUUUUCCCCCCUCACAAAACAGGCGAAUCCUGCACCUUUGUUCUGUCCCUUAUCAAAUUUUUUUCAUCUUCACUUCUCUCCCACUCAGCCUCCGGGAGGCCCUUCCUCUGUCCCCAGCGCUGGGGCUUUUUCAAAUCUUUUCUUCCCUCGCUGGUCUUUUAUCUUUGUGGUUCUCAAAUUUUCUAGUCCUUUGUGCUGUUUCCUCAACCUUCUUUCCUUUGUUUCUAAGUCCUCUCUCUGCAAUGGAAAUUUUGCCUAAAACUGCCCCCCCCCCCCCAGCUGGGGCUCUGUCCUGUGUCAGGCCAGCCAUCCUUCAUGCCGUUCUUUGUCGACUUCCCCCCAACUUGGGGGCCAAAUGCAAGGGCCCAGGAAUGGGACGGUUCCCCCUAGUUGAGAAGUCAGGGCCGAGUCCACAGCUCCCCACUACAGGCUUAGAGGAGCCUUGCCAAAUUGUUGUCUCUCCAUCAAUCCUAAUAAAAAAGAGAAAGAGGAAGAAAAGAAAGGGAAGAGUAAAAGAGAGAGAGCCCCGCAGAUUAUGGGAGGAGGUAGGGGGAGUGUUGGGGAGGUAGGGGCAAAACAAGACUGGAUUCAUCAAGAGGGGGACAAAGCCCAGAGCCAGACACCUCCUCUUGGUGCACCCAGCGCCUAGGCAGCUGCCCUAUCAGCUCUGGGAUUGGGGCAGCCCGAGACCUUCCACUCAAGUCCUCUGGGCUGGAGAAGUAGUAGGGCCACAGAACGGGAGGAAAGAAAAGGGCUUAGUUUGGGUAUCCAUCACCUUCAUGUCUGCCCCUGGAUAGUCCUUCUCAAGACCAGGUCCCUAGGCAGUGCGGGGCUGCGACCUUCCUAAACCUCUUAGCCAGGAGGGCCCAAUUCCGGGGGCUCGGGUAGGAGCAGGUGCCGGACAGCCAGCCGCUGCAUCACCAGCAGAAAAACCCCGGGCGCAGCGAAAACAAAGGCCUGGGCGAUUCUGCAGCUCCUAACAGAGCAGGGCCAAGCAGCCUCUGGAAGUUCGGGCUGGGCAGGGGCCAGGGACACCACGCGCUGGCGUGGGAAUUGUCCCUCCUGGGAUGCACAACCCCUCCUGGCCCCUUCCAAGAACUGGUUCAAAUUUGCCCUCAGCAGCCUGCCCGGUUUUUUAGGGCAGGACUAGGGCAGGACGCACAAACCUCCGGUGCAACGGAGACCAUCCGGUUUGGGCCGGGCGUCCCCUUCCAAGAACACAGGGCUCUGAGAGUUACCCCCCCCACCCCGCCCCGCCCUGCCAGUGCACCUGCAGCGGCCUCCGCCCUCACCUGCUUUCCCAGAUCACGCCGCAAGCCCCCGCCCUGGCUUGCCUACUCCCCCCACUCUCAACCCGGGGACCCCCAAGUUCAGUCGCGCCUUCCCAACCCACCCUCUGCAACUUGACUCCUUUUAGAAGAGCCAUCUCUUCCUCCCAGGACUUCUCUUGUGUGUAGAUGAGGGGCAAUCUCAGCUCCGGAACUGGGUAAGGGGCUCAUCUCUUUGCCCUCCCUUGAGCGCUGGAGAAAGUAGGAAGAUUGUGCUGGGGGUCGGGGGUGGAGGGGAGAAGCACUCCUCUGACUUCAUCUUAAGGAGAUGGGUCUCUGGAUCAAAAUGGGUUUACAAGGAAAAGAAGAAGAAAUGUGGGAGUUGUUCCCUCUCUCGUGUCAUUAUUAACUUAAAAUAAUGCCCGCGAAAGGUCCCGGGGCAGCAGGGGCGAGGUCUUCCCGAGCUGAGGCUCUAGACUGAUAACCCCGCCCCCCACCCCAGCAGAGUGGGAAACUAUUUUCGGCUAGUACUUCUCUCCCUUUCCGCCCGGAGACCCUGUGGGGGAUCUCUAAGCGUCUCUAAGAGUUUGCUGGGUGAGCAGGUUCGGGACACUGACAAUCCACCCUGACUGGGAGAUAAGCAAACAGAUCCUUCCUCCAGUAUGGGGAUCACCGCAGCCCUCCUUCCCACAUUAAGCGUCAAAACCCCAACUCUACUCUCUUCUCCACCUUCCUUCAAAAAACUUUCCUGAAGUUUCCGCCAAGUUGCGGUUGGGGAAAGAAGAAACCAGACUCUUUGGGUCUCCAGGCCCCCAAUUUCUCCCGUCCUCCCCAGUUUCACAAGUAAUCCUCCUACCUCUGCCAGCUGCCACCGGAGUCCCCAAACUCGGGGGAGGAAAGUCGCUCUGGACCCAUUUAUUUGACAGACGCCCUGCCCCAACCCAAAUUCCUCCAAGGGUGGGCAGAUUAGUAUCUGCCGGUAGGGGAAGCGGGAUGGAGUAAGGAGGAGAGAGAGAGAGAGAGAGAGGAGACACAGAUUGUCCUCAGGCGGAAACGCACGCACCCCUCCAGAGCCCGGCUCACCUGCCCCAGACGGACUCCUCUUGAUUUUUAAUCCGUUCAAAAGUUUGUCCUUCUCUCAAACAGUCCCAGGAGGGGCGCAAAUUUGGCAGUCGGGGUGCCCCUGAGGGCGCAGGCGCCUGAUCCGGAGCGAGCCCAGGGAAGCACCUUCCCCAAAGUGUGGGCUGAAGCAGUGAUCCGGGGAGGAUAUUCAAGUGCCCGGGACAAGGGGCCAGGCUGCUUGCCCUGGGACCGCCGCGGGCCGAGUGGGCGCUGUAGGAGGGAGUGGCCAGCGGGGCCGGCUUGGCCCGGGGAACUGGGAGGAGAGGACCCUGGGUCUCUGGCGACGUCUGUUAGCUUCCUCCAGUGUGUGCCCUCUCGGGUGUGUCCCAGCCAACAACAUUCUUUCAACCCCUUCUGGGCCGGCCACUCAGGGCCGGGACAAGGCGAAGAAGGAGAGUGAGGGGGCGAAGAGACCCCCCUCGUUAGCCCCUCCCUAAACCCCGCGCCACCGGUCCCCCCCUUUCCUGCCCAGAGCCAAGGGACAGACAGAGAAUUGCAACUAGAAAUUCGAUCGAUUGGGGCACCCGGAUCCCCUAUUCCUCUUUAUCCCCAACACGCAGACACUCGCAGGGUCCCGCGCUCACUUCUGUACGCCGGCCGCCGCUCCAGAGCAAGCAGACAGCCUUGCGGCUGGACACCCAUUUCGUGGCUGCACUUGCUGCCAGGUGUGGCCAGAGGGGAGCGGGAGCCAAGUAAUGUCAUCAGAGCCUUAAGACAUUGGGUAAGUUCUUCUUUCGCGAGCUGGACCCGAUGCACCUGGGACUGAGCUUUGACCAUGCACUUGAGGAGAAGUCCCUAAGAGAGAGCAAAGCAACCACAUGGAAGGAAGCCACGUCUCCGACUGACCAGGUGGAACCGAACUGCCUGCCGUUGAGAACUGCUCCACUGAGACUGUUACACGAAGAAUAAACUUGUUUUCUCUAA